GCUGAGGCUGCUGACCGGGCUGUGACGGGGGAUCGAACCUGCAGCCUCCGACUCCUCGGGAUGCUCUGAUGGAGUGAACCGGCCUCAGGGAUGCGCCUUCGUCUCCGCUCUCCGUCGACCAUGGACCCGGUUCUUCUUCUCUUCUCGUCUCAGUGAAGCCCAGGGGUCAGAGGUCGACCACUGAACCUGCGCUUCUCCCUCCUUCCCCUACACCCCCCCCACUGAACCCUCAGCCCCUGUCACCCAACCCAGUUUCCCCCGAAAUCACUUCCCUCCCAUAAUCCUCCUCUCAUUUUUCUCUCCCAUCAUCACCCGCUUCUCGCCGCCAGCCUCAGCCAAUCAGCCUCAGCUGAAAGAUCCUUAAUUCAAAACAGUGACUGUUGAGUAUUGCAUGAGGAGAGCCGGCCAGUCCUCCACCAGACACUGGGUUCCAGUGUCCUAGUCGUCGUCUUCUCAGAAAACGCCUCUCACAUCAAGGCCUCAAGAUGAUGUGCGAGGUGAUGCCCACCAUCUCUGAGGAUGGGCGCGGCGGGGGAGGAACCGGCUCAUCGCCCCCGGCCGGCAGUGGAGGAGGAAUAGGGGGCAUCGGUGGCUACGGCAGCCGGGAGCCCCGCAGCGGAGGAAGUGGCAGUGGAGGAGGUGGGGGCGGCACCGACGAAGGUGGAAGCACGGGCAACCUGGAGUCGCUGAUGGUGAACAUGCUGACGGAAAGGGAGAGGCUGCUGGAGAGCCUGAGGGAGACGCAGGACUGCCUGGGGACGGCCCACCUACGACUGCGAGACCUGGGCCACGAGAAGGAGUCGCUCCAGAGGCAGCUGACCAUCGCCCUGCCGCAGGAGUUUGCAGUGCUGACUAAAGAGCUGAACCUCUGCCGGGAGCAGCUGCUGGAGAGAGAGGAGGAGAUCGCUGAGCUGAAGGCAGAGCGCAACAACACACGGCUGCUGCUGGAACAUCUGGAGUGCCUGGUGUCCCGUCACGAGCGCAGCCUGAGGAUGACCGUGGUGAAGCGGCAGGGGGUGUCGAGCGAGGUGGAGGUCCUAAAAGCCCUAAAGUCUCUGUUUGAGCACCACAAGGCUCUGGAUGAGAAGGUGCGGGAAAGACUGCGGGUGGCCUUGGAGCGAGUGGCGUCCCUGGAAGACGAGCUGCAGUCCUCCUCUCAAGAGGUUGUGUCAUUAAAGGACCAAAUCAAGCGACGGCAGCAAGGACUGGAAAAUGGCAAAGAGCGGCUUCCCAACGGACCUUCCUGUAUCUUGGAUGAGGGCGAAGUUGACAGUAAGAGAGAGAGCGAGAUCGAGCGGCAGAGGUCAGAGCUGGGACAGCUGAAAGAGCGACUGGCCCUCAUGUGCAGACAGGUCGGCGAGAUCGAGGAGCAGCUGACGUCGGCCAGGAGGGAGCUGGCCCGAUCGGAGGAGGCCAACCAGAAGCUACAGAGGGACGUGAAGGAGGCACUUUGUCAACGGGAAGACAUGGAGGAGAGAAUCACCACAUUAGAACGCAGGUACCUGAGUGCCCAGAGGGAGGCAACGUCUCUCCACGACAUAAAAGAUAAACUGGAGAACGAGUUGGCCAGCAAAGAGUCUCUCCACAGGCAGAGCGAAGAGAAGAACCGGCAGCUCCAGGAGCGUCUAGACGAUGCCAAACAGAAGCUACAACAAACUCUGCAGAGGGCCGAGACGCUGCCGGAGAUCGAGGCCCAGCUCGCCCAGAGAGUGGCGGCACUCAACAAGGCGGAGGAGCGUCAUGGCAACUUUGAGGAGCGACUGCGACAGAUGGAGGCGCAACUGGAGGAGAAGAACCAGGAGCUGCAGAGAGCGAGGCAGAGGGAGAGAAUGAACGACGAACACAACAAGCGCCUCUCCGACACGGUGGACAAGCUGCUGUCUGAGUCCAAUGAGAGGCUGCAACUCCAUCUGAAGGAGAGGAUGGCCGCACUGGAAGAAAAGAAUGCUCUGUCCGAGGAACUGUCUAACUUGAAGAAGCUCCAGGAUGAUCUCAUAGCAAACAAGGACCAACUGAUUGCGGAGCUGGAGAGGCUUCAGGUGGAGUUAGAUCAGCUAAGAGCCCGGCCUGGGGGAUCUUAUUCCAGUCGCUCACUGCCAGGUAGCGCUCUGGAGCUGCGGUACUCUCACGGAGGCGGGUCCCUCCCAAUGGGUUCCACCACUCACCUGGAUCCCUUCUGUCGAGCCUCCGCCGGGGGCGUGGUCAGGAGAAGUCACCGUGCCCGUUGGAGCUCUGCCCGAGAGGACUCGACCAAGGUGCAGUACCCCGAUUGGGAGAGUGGUGCUCUUCUUGGGACUGGGUAUGAUCCAGGCGUAGACGUGGGCUGCUCCGACGAUGAGGACGACGGGGAUCAUCGCUUUGGCUCCGAGCUGCUGUCCCCUAGUGGACAGACGGACGUGCAGACCCUGGCCAUCAUGCUGCAGGAACAGCUGGAGGCCAUCAAUAAGGAGAUCAAACUCAUUCAGGAGGAGAAGGAGAACACAGAGUUGCGGGCUGAGGAGAUUGAGAGUCGGGUCAGCGUGGCGUUGGACAGUCCCCCCAUGCCUCCGACCUCCCUGGGCAGAGACAGCACAGGACGGGGUUUCAUCCCCUCGUCCAUUACAUCCUCCACCCUGGCCUCCCCCUCUCCCCCCAGCUCUGGACACUCCACCCCUCGCCUACCGCACUCCCCCGCCCGGGAGACUGAUCGACAGAACAACAAAGACGACGAUCGGUCCCUCGCACUUCUUGACUCUACACCUCCUCCGACUCCUCGUGCGCUCCGAUUGGACCGGAUGGCUCUCACCCACCCAGGCGCGAUGCUCGACGACCCCCGGGACUUUCGCAGUCUCUCGGCAGAUGGUAGCAGCUCCAACAGCAGCCAAGAUUCUCUCCACAAGUCCAGUAAGAAGAAAAGCAUCAAGUCUUCCAUUGGUCGCCUUUUUGGAAAGAAGGAGAAGGGGAGGAUGGGCCAGCCCGGGCGGGAUGGAUCUUCUUCUCUUGCAUCUACACCCUCUGAAGAACUGGCCUCUGGAGACCCGAUGGGGAUCAACAAGACGGGCACUCUGGGUCCGGCAGAUAAAGACCGCCGCAGCAAGAAGAAGCAUGAGCUACUAGAAGAAGCAUGUCGCCAAGGACUCCCCUUUGCAUCUUGGGAUGGGCCAACUGUUGUAUCUUGGUUGGAGCUGUGGGUGGGGAUGCCAGCCUGGUACGUCGCAGCCUGUCGCUCAAAUGUUAAGAGCGGGGCCAUCAUGGCCAACUUGUCCGACACAGAGAUCCAGAGGGAGAUCGGCAUCAGUAACCCGCUUCACCGACUCAAACUGAGGCUGGCCAUCCAGGAGAUGGUGUCCCUCACCAGCCCGUCAGCGCCGGCCAGCACUCGCUCUUCGACCAGUAAUGUGUGGAUGACCCACGCCGAGAUGGAGACUCUGAACGCUGCCACCAAACCUCCGGAGCUGAAAGAGUUCAGCUGGGAUCAGAUACUGGCUUAUGGUGAUAUGAAUCACGAGUGGGUGGGCAACGACUGGCUUCCCAGCCUGGGCCUGCCACAGUAUCGCAGCUAUUUCAUGGAGUCCCUGGUGGAUGCACGCAUGCUGGACCACCUGACCAAGAAGGAACUGAGAGGACAGCUCAAAAUGGUGGACAGCUUUCACAGGGUCAGUUUGCAUUACGGCAUCAUGUGCCUGAAGCGUCUGAAUUAUGAUCGCAAAGAGCUUGAGAGGAGGAGAGAAGAGAGCGCCCACCAGAACAAAGAUGUGAUGGUGUGGUCCAACGAGCGGGUGAUGUGCUGGGUACAGACGAUCGGUCUGAAGGAGUACGCCGACAACCUCCGUGAGAGUGGCGUCCACGGGGCUCUGCUGGCUUUAGACGACACCUUUGACUACACUGACCUGGCGUUGCUGCUGCAGUGCCCCAAUCAGAACAUACAGGCCAGACAGCUCCUGGAGCAAGAGUACAACUCUCUCCUCUCCAUGGGAACUGAGAGACGACCCGAUGAGGAUGGAGCAAAGACGUUCAGCCGCUCGCCCUCCUGGAGGAAGAUGUUUAGGGAGAAAGAUCUCCGGGGCCUGACCUCUGACUCUGCCGAGACCCUGCCUGCUAACUUCCGUGCCUCAGCCAUCUCCACUCCCUCUGUUACCCUGAGAAAGGUUCAGAGUGAUGCCAACUCUGGUGCCCGGGGUGAAUCUGCCUCAGUGAGGACGUACUCCUGUUGAGGGGAUGAGGGCACUGACGGAUUGGGACUAGAGGACCCUCUCGCUCGUCCACGGAGAGAAAGAAGCAAUGAAUAUACCAUUUAACUUUAAAAUAAAUCUUCUCGGUCUGACCAUUCUGCAAUAACAGAAGCAAAGGAAUAAAUGGGAAAAUGACAUGAAGAAUGUAUGAAUGUAUUUUCCAACCAGACUUGGAAGGUUGAAUGGGAUCAGCUGUUUUCUCUCUCUGUCUUUCUCUUCCUGUCGUUCUGUCUUUGCUCUCGCUCUCGCUCUCACUCCCCCUCUCUCUCUCUCUCUCUCUCUCUCUGUGACUGUGCUGCAGAGUUGAUGAAGGGAGACGACGGCGUUGGUUAGGUGUGUUCCCGUCGUGCAGGUUUCCCUCUCUGUCAUUCCUGUCUGCGUCUGCACAUCGUCAGCAGAGUUGGCAAUAUCAGGGCUUAUUCUCCUUCCUUCAGAGGGAAAUCACUUGCUGCCAUUUAUUCUUCUACAGUAUGAAUACAACUAAACAUGUCGCCUUACGACUUCUGCUCAACAACAGGUGUUUGUAUUGAGAGUUGCGAGUCACCGUAAGGUUUGGAUUUUUAAAAACAAGAGGAAGGACACGACUGUUAAAUCAUUUAGGGGGGAAAUGGGUGGACAGACAUGUAACAACUUUAAACAACGCCGACGUUCCCCUUUCUGCUCCUGAGGCGACUGGUGUCUAGUGUCACCAUGGUGGCUCUAUUGUUGGCUUCUAUGGACCCUGUCAGGGGGUGAGUAAGUGUCCCCAAUUGGCUGGAGCAAUGUAGUAAAACAUGUCCGACUUCAGACCACUGUUAAGUUCUGACCACAUCAGAGGGAGCCUCCUCGAGCUUCGUCUAUUGGCACCUGGAAAACUGAUAGGCUGAGUCAUUUCUUUUGAAGAGAGCCUUUUAUAAAGAUCAAAGGCUCGUUGGUGGAUGGGACGGGGCGGAGUGAGGUCACAGAGACAUUGUGUUCUUUGUUUUUACGAUGCCGAUUGCAGGUAAUGCUUAAAGUUAGUCCUGGUGCCACUUUAUGAAAAGCUGAUCUUUACAAGGGGUUUGUUCUUUUUAACGUUCAGUGUUAAAGCGGCACAGUGCUCAGCCUGUGUGAACAGUCGUAUAAUGUCACCUGUGGUGCUGGAGGUCGUAAGCCUCACGAUGUGACAGUAGCAUCAUCUGAGUGAACUCGCCAUUGUCUUGAUAUUUAAAAUCUUCAACAGAAUUCCUGCUUUAGAUAUUAGAGGCCUGGGGUUAGAAAUGGAUGCAUAUUGGAAAAUGUAGGGUUCAGGGUUUUGGGAGUGUGGCCCAUACCUGAGAGUAAAAAGUCAGGAUAUAUCUGCUUCUGCUUUAAAGACACAUUUUCUCAUCAA